AUGAUAUAUAUAGAUUCUAGAUGCACUUGCUAUGGCUAGCAGAUACUAUUUAUAGCAUAAAACAAUUUUGGCACAAGGGCGCUCCAUAAUAAUUAUAUUAGGCAAACUAAACGAUACACUCUUGUAGUCAUCAAUUGAAGGACUCACCAUGAAUCUGUUUCUGGCUCUUCUCCCCCUUCUUCUGCUGACAGCUUGUGCCCUCAGUCAGACCAUUGAUAGAGACAACGUGAGAUGCGAUCUCCAGCAAAAAGUUUGCGAGUGUCGAGAAAAUGCUGAUGAGUGUGAGUUUACCCUUGUGAUAGAGAAGAUACAAACUUUCACCAGUUACACAAUCGAGGAAGUUGAUAAUGACCUUGUCGGUGUGAUGAAUUUUCGUGGAGACGAUGGAAGCUCAUACUACUUCAACGGUACUGGGCACUUGAAUCCACUAAAUACCGAUAGUGACCAUGUCUGUGUGGCCGACAAUGAAAACUUUGACUCCAUCAAAUGUACAGUGCCAUACACAGCUGACGGAAAAACAUAUCGUCCCUUUAUUGCUGUGAAUGGAAUUACUCCAGGUCCUACAUUGAUAGUAUAUGAAGGACAAAGAAUGAUUGUCAACAUUGUAAAUCAACUUCUCAGCGAAAGCACAUCAAUCCAUUGGCAUGGGAUGGACAUGAGAAACACUCCAUGGAUGGAUGGUGUUGUUCUGGUAACACAGUGUCCAAUUGACCCUUUUGAAACAUUCCAAUAUUACUUUGAAGCGGCACCGACUGGCACAUUCUGGUACCAUGCCCAUCGGGUAGAUCAAAGAGUAGACGGUCUGUUUGGUGGACUAAUUGUCCGAGAAUCUUCAGAGAGGCGUGCCAUGCUAAAUGGUGUACUUGGCAGCGAUAUAGUCGACAAUCCCGGCACGCAGACAAUGCACUUGCAUGAGUGGGCUGAAGCCACAACAUCGGAUCAGUUCAUUAAGAUCAAAGGUGGUUUGGGAUUCUUUCCAGGAAAGCCUUACGGUGAAAUUCCAUUGCCUCUUGCCGAACAAAAUGGUACCGCCUACACAUCUUAUGAAGCACUUUCGGGACCAGAUGGCUUAGAAGUAGGUGACUUGCCAUUUGUGUCUGGUCUUAUCAAUGGCAGAGGAAAACAUAUUGAGAUUCCGUACAUUAAAACACGUUUGGAAAUUUUCAGUAUAAGUAAUGAUGGCCGACUGUAUCGAUUCCGGCUGAUUGGAGUACAAAGUAUCUAUAUGCUUAAGUUUUCCAUUGAUGAACAUAAUUUGACUGUGAUCGCAACUGAUGGCAACCUCAUAGAACCAAUUGAAACACAAUUCAUUAUCCUACACACUGGAGAAAGGUAUGACUUUGUCUUGAGAGGUGAAAAGCCGAGAAAUGACAAAAAUGACUACUGGAUCAGAGCUGAAACGCUUGAAUUGGAUUUGAACUCUGCUGGACCACCAUACACACCUGUUGGAAAUCUUGCUGAAGGAAUACUUCAUUAUCAAUUGGACGGUGAACAACUUCCGCAAUCUUCUGACUAUGAAGCCAUUAAGCAGAGCUCUAUUCCCUUCAACACGGUUCAAUGUGGUAAAUUAGGUGGAUGCACAGCAAUUAACUGCCCGUUUCGAGAGUUUCACCCGUUGUACAAUAUUCAUUGCAUCCAUGCACACGAGUUAAGAAGGCUUGAGCCGUUACCACUAGCGGAGUUACCUGAAGCUGAAGUUGAUCCUGACUGUGAGGAUUGUGAGAUCUUCUUCAAUAUAGGUUCAGACAAUGACGCUCUAAAUGGUCGAAACAUGAAGUUACCGCCUGCACCUCCACUCACACAAAGAGAUGAUCUACCAUCCGAUCAGUUUUGUAAUGUUCAACAACCGUGCCCAAAUAACGAGCCUUGUAGCUGCACACAUUUGAGAAAUAUUACUUCUUUCAACAAGACAAUUCGAAUUGUUCUUAGCUCUGUAGGAAAGGAUGUGCUAAAUGGUGAAUCUGUUAGCCAUCCAUUUCACUUGCAUGGUCAUCAAUUUCAAGUGGUCUACAUCGGAUUCGGGUCCUACAAUGAGAGCACAGGCUUUCUAAGUGCACCAAAAGAUGGGAUUAUCUGUGAUGACACACUCUGUAGCAAUCCAUCUUGGGCCCCUGGAAGCAGACCAUCUUUCGAAACAUCUGACAAGACUGUUCUCAAAGACACAGUGAUCGUUCCUGGUGGGGGUUAUGUGGUGAUUCAUUUUCGAUCCAACAACCCAGGACUAUGGCUCCUUCACUGCCACAUUGUGCCUGAUCUCUUAGAGGGAAUGUCUGUUAUGAUUGAUGAGGUGAGGAGUCAACAAAAUCCUGCUCCAGAUAAUAUCAACAUUUGUGGCAACUUCAAAAUAUCACAGUCGCAGUUUUACGAAAAACUUGCUUUUAACCGUUCGAAUAGUGCCACAGAAGACAUUGGCCAUCCACUUGUCAUGUGGUCCAUUCUCUGCCUAGAUCUAGUUAUGUUGCUAUUUCAUGGAAUCUAAAAAACGAAAAGGGUACUCCUUAGGUGCUUAUAUAUACAUUACAUGGUAGCGUAUAGAACUAGAGGAGUCUAGUGUAGUUUCAGAACGAAAAUGUUAUACUAUGUUACAGAACUUAUAUUUUGCUGCUGAGAUAUUGUAUUAUGAUCGA